AGAUAACCUGAACGAGAUUGUCACCGAUGAUCCAGCGGUAAAUCCAUAGACCGAGCUUUAGUCGGUCGGCUCUACAACGGUCGCCACAACGCUGCCGUCAUGACACUGCACUGGUGGAUGCACUGGUUCUGGGUCACAUCGCUGCUCAUGUUGCUCGAGAGCAGCGGCCGAGCCCUAGCUGCGCCCCAAUCAGAAGAGCUUCAGCAUAUAACCACAGACGUAGAGACCGACCUUAGAAGACAAAUGGACCGGCAGGGUCGGGCCAUGUACUACACGAAGACCCCCUCCCUCACCACCGCCAAAACACCCGCCCUCAACACCAGCACCAACCAAACUGACAAAGAGCUCGACACGGCUAAUGUCACAACUGACAAUUCAACAGUAGAAAUCGUCCACCCGUCCAUACAAUGGAUACCCACCAACGCUUCGGACCUGAAUUUUAAUGAUACUUCCACUCCUAGUAACGUGACCGUAACCAACGCAACUGUGGUCUCAUCGAAUGCAACCGAAGAGCAGAAUGCAACGUUUACUUCAAAGAAACGCAAUUUGACGAGACUUGAUUUCGUCAAAGACGAUACGAGUCUCGAAGGCGCUUCGGAGAGCAGGAUAGUGACCGAGAAACCUCUGUCUCUUGAGACUGCGUUCGUGCAGACGCGUAUUCCGCCUAACGUUGAGUCUUCCCGGAGGAUAAAGGACCCUGGGGAAGGUGACAUGGACAUGGGAGCGAUUGCUGGCAUUUCGUUCGCUGCGCUUGUCCUAGCAGCGCUCGCCGGCAGCACAGCGUUCGUCCUGUACAGGCGACGGUAUCUAAACAAACCUCAAACAUUGAAUGACAAGUGCUCCAAUCCGGACUCGAGUGGAUAUCUUGACGACAGUACUAUUCGGGACAACUCCGAGGAGAUGUACAGCCUUGACAACGACUCGUUCCUGAACUCCUUAGAGGCCAUGACCAUCCAGAACUACUGGACAGACACAGUGAAACACACGAAACUGUAGUGUUAGUAACUCCGUUGUGUAGCCAUCCGUGUUUUCGACUAAUAGUUUGAAUUUCUAAUUCGGAGUCUUGAAUCUAGAUUUAUUAUUAUCCUAAAAUAUGACCAAAGAGAAUAAACGUCAGGAUAUGACGUGGAACCAUCUCAGCCCCCCUAGACAAAACGCACUUUUUGAUCGAAUCGAAAAUCGAAUCCGUCAAAACUCCAUACAAAAAAGGGGCUUUUCGACCACUUUGCGACUGGUUUGCGAUUAUAAUUUGCACUUUGUCUAGACCCGCAGGUUUAAUGUCUUGCAUUGUUGAAAUUCUACUUGAAUUUCUUGAGGAAAAUUAAUGAUCUUUGUAAGAUUAUUUAAACCUGAUAUUUACGUCAUUAGGUGUUAUUCUUUUGGAAAUGGUUCGUUACAGAUGGAAUGGAAAUAAAUAAAAGGGUUCAGUCUGAUUUACUUUUGACAUAAUCCGUUUAGUAAAAAGUUCAUGUUUUUACAUGAAUAUUUAAAUAAUCUUUCUAGAUUUAGAUCAAGACUCUGGUGCGGAAUUCUCUCGGUGUUUACUGUAAAUGGAUUAGAAUGAAGAUUUUGACUUCGUAAUUUAAUGUAUAUCUACUAAGUAGGUUUGAAGGUACUUUGGGAAGUAUCUACGCAAUAUUAAUUGUAAUACCGGCCUAUUACAUAAUAACAAUAUAAUAAUAUUUGAAUUUUUCGUCUUGAAAAUGACCAAAUAAUAAUUAUUUAUUAUUUCGUCUUUUCAGUGAUUUUAUAAAAUUUAAUAUUACCACCUAUCAGGGAUUUGUUUAGAUUGGACUUGCCCAAAAUAAAUAUUGUUUUCAUGACAAUAUCAAUGCUUUAUAUUAUAAAGUAUUUACUUUAAAAGUUAAAUUACAAUAAAUAUUUGUCUUAAUUAGAUGAAAGUAUUAAUUUAAAGAAUAUUAAUUGUUUUAAUUAAAGACGCAGAUGAAUGCAAUCAACAGUAAGAUAUUUAGAGUGUAAAGAUUAUAAAAUAUUUUGAUGAUACAUUUUAAUAAUAAUAAUUAAUUAAUGUAAUUCUUACUAAUUUAUAUUAGAGUGAAAUGAUUUGACACUAUUUUAAUAUGCGAACUUGUAAAUACAUGAUUGUUGUGAUAAUUUUCUUUUUAGAUUUAAGUUUUUAUGCGUUUUUUUAUUGCUGCACAUUAAUUUUAUCAUUUCUGCCUCAGCUUUAUGGGAAGUUAAUUUGUAUGGCAGAUUAUUUUUAGUUUUCUUUUUAAAUACCAGUAAAAUUGAUAGUAGGUGAUGAUGUGAUCUCAUUGUGUAUCAAUCAUAUUUUAAUAAAUCCAGGAUUUUCUUGUUAAAGGUAUAGCACAUUUUUUUUUCACAUAGCAAAGAUAUAAAGGCAUGGGGCGUGUAUGGGACAUGUAAGAGGCGUAUGACAUUUGCAAACAUAUCUUUAUUUGUGUGGACUAAUUGAAUUAGUACCACAGAAUAAUUAGUACCUACUACCAAAUCUCGCGUAGCAAAGAUAUGCAAGCAUGGGGCGUGUAUCGGACAUGUAAGAGGCGUACGACAUUUCUGAGUCGGGCGAAUGCGCGAAAUCAAAAGAAAUAUAUGUUUAUUUGUGUGGACUAAUUGAAAUAGUACCACAGAAUAAUUAGUACCUACUACCACAAAUCUCGCGUAGCAAAUAUAUGCAAGCAUGGGGCAUGUAUCGGACAUGUGGAGCGUGUAACAGAUAUUUGCAUGAGACGGGCCCAAUGCGUGAAAUCAAAAGACCUCUUUAUUUGUGUGGACUAAUUGAAUUAGUACCACAGAAUAAUUAGUACCUGCUACCAAAUCUCACGUAGCAAAGAUAUGCAAGCAUGGGGCAUGUAUCGAACAUGUCAGAGUCGUACGACAUUUGACAUUUGCAUGAGACGGGCCCAAUGCGUGAAAUCAAAAGACCUCUUUAUUUGUGUGGACUAAUUGAAUUAGUACCACAGAAUAAUUAGUAGCUACUACCAAAUCUCGCGUAGCAAAGAUAUGAAAGCAUGGGGCAUGUAUCGGACAUGUGAGAGGCGUACGACAUUUCUAUGAGUCGGCCGAAUGCGUGAAAUCAAAAGACCUCUUUAUUUGUGUGGACUAAUUGAAUUAGUACCACAGAAUAAUUAGUACCUGCAGCCAAAUCUCGCGUAGUAAAGAUAUGCAAGCAUAGGGCGUGUAUCGGACAUGUGAGGGGCGUACGAUAUUUGCAGGAGACGGGCCGAAUGUGCGAAAUCAAAAGACCUCUUUAUUUGUGUGGACUAAUUGAUUAUUACCACUGAAUAAUUAGUACCUUCUACCAAAUCUCGCGUAGCAAAGAUAUGCAAGCAUAGGGCGUGUAUCGGACAUGUGAGGGGUGUACGCUAUUUGCAUGAGACGGGCCGAAUGCGCGAAAUCAAGAUAAACAUCUCUUUAUUUGUGUGGACUAAUUGAAUUAGUACCACAGAAUAAUUAGUACCUGCUGCCAAAUAUAUGCAAAGAUAUGCAAGCAUGUGGCGUGUAUCGGACAUGUGAGGAGCGUAUAUUUGCAUGAGACGGGCCGAAUGUGUAAAAUCAAAAGACCUUUAUUUGUGUGGACUAAUUGAAUUAGUACACAGAAUAAUUAAUACCUACUACCAAAUCUCGCGUAGCAAAGAUACCAAAUUGUAAAAGUAUCUUGCUCUAGGAGCCUUUACAUGACUCAUGAUUUCUUUGUCUUAAUAAAUGUUCUUGCCUCUCCACGUUUUCACACCAGCCUCAAGCCACACAUAUGUGAAUAUGAUUUUAAACACAAAGAUUUAUUGAUGAUAAUACAUGCUUGAAGAUGACAACUAGAAUACUUGCGUACUCUAACAUGUGUUUUUUUUUUUCAAAUAAUAAUAACUUAUUAAAAAUUGUACUUACUGGGUUGUAUUGUAAAUAAACAAAUAUUUUAAAAUAAUGCGAAUUUUUGACAAAACAAAGGUAGGUUAUGUGUGAAAAAUUACAAUAAAUCUUAAUGCGUUAAUCACCAAGUGGUAAAAAAAACAUCAUAGACGUGUAUACGUGAAUCUGUUGCUCCUUUAUUUCCACUGCAAUGAUGAAAUACACAAAAUAUUUUUUUUCUUGUGAUUGAUUUGUUUAAAGUUAGUAAAGAUUUUAUGUUGGAGAAGAACAAGACGUUGAUUUUAUUAUUGUCAUUUUCGAUUAUCAACGAUUUUCUCAGAAUGUUAUUUAAUGAUUUUUAAUUGGCUUCGUGAUUUCGACUUCCGUCCAUUGAUUUUAUUUCUUGAGAAUGAUUUUGUUGCAUUUACAGCUUUAUUGUUUGAAAAUUUAAUUUUAUCUGUUUCACGAAUAAUGUAUUAAAUGUAUAUGAUAAUAACAUACAAAGUUCAAUACGAGUAUUGAAACUUCGGCAGAUUUUCCUCAUCUUAAGCCAUACUUAACUAUUUUUCUUUAAAUGCUAUUGUACCUAUUUAUCUGCCCAAAGUAAUGUAUUUAUAAAUAAGAGAUUUACUUGUGUAUCUUAAGUACCUAAUACUUUGCACUUUUAGAAUCAAAAGAACUGCAAACAUCUUUAUGAUGGUAACCAUGAGAAAUGUAAAAAAUAUUUAAAUAUCUACGAGUAAUUCUAAUAUCUUCAAGUCUUAAUAGAUCUGUCUUAAAUUUCUUCUUCAAGUAUGUAAAAUAAUAAAAUACCUAUUAUCUACCUAAGAUGUGAGUACAAUUCGGAAUGAUCAUUGUCGGCAUUUUCAGUGAACAAUGUGUGAAUUUUAUGUCCUCAAUUACAGGGUUAAUUUACCUACACCUGAAAUAUUUAAGUCUGUGGUUAUAUUUCGAAAAUUAUACAUUAAACUACUAUGUACAAUGUUACACACUUAUUUGCUAAGUUAUUGCUUUAUCUACCUACUCUACAAAAAAACCGUUUCACUGCUCUAAACUAACUAAAUACUUUAAAGUUACUAUGGUUUUACGCAUGAUUUACGUUCUAAAAUCGCAGACUUAAAUAUCAAGAAUACCUAUCUAUUGAAAUAAUGAUGAUUAGCAAUCAUCGUUUUCCUCAUCAUCAUUCACAUGAAGACUUUUCCAAGGAAAACUAGCUUCUUACAAAAUUGUCAUAUCAAUUUAGAUAGUGUAUGAUCUUUAAGAAAUUAAAAAUAAUAUUUGUAACCAGUGUACUACCUAUAAGAUGCAAAUUCCAAAACUUUUUUUAAGUGGCCAUAAUUUAUUUUCCGUAAUAUCACUUAAUAUUUCCGGUGCUAGGCAAAGAUAUUUUGUGUAAAAAGUGUAGACAAAGAAACCCCCAAUUACCUUCGUAAGAGUAAAAUUAAUGUACUUGGUUUG